CAGAGCUGGGAAGCAAGAAGGAACUCAAGUCCAUGCCCUUCAUCACCUACCUCUCAGGUCUGCUGACGGCCCAAAUGCUGUCGGAUGACCAGCUCAUCUCAGGUGUGGAGAUCCGCUGUGAGGAAAAAGGCCGUUGUCCGUCUACCUGCCACCUUUGCCGCCGACCAGGCAAGGAGCAGCUGAGCCCCACACCAGUGCUGCUGGAAAUCAACCGUGUGGUACCACUUUAUACCCUCAUCCAAGACAAUGGUACCAAGGAGGCCUUCAAGAGUGCACUGAUGAGCUCCUACUGGUGCUCAGGGAAAGGGGAUGUGAUCGAUGACUGGUGCAGAUGUGACCUCAGCGCCUUUGAUGCCAGUGGGCUCCCCAACUGCAGCCCCCUCCCACAGCCAGUGCUUCGUCUGUCCCCAACAGUAGAGCCCUCCAGCACAGUGGUCUCCUUGGAGUGGGUGGAUGUUCAGCCAGCUAUUGGGACCAAGGUCUCCGACUAUAUUCUGCAGCACAAGAAAGUGGAUGAAUACACAGAUACGGACCUCUACACAGGAGAGUUCCUGAGUUUUGCUGAUGACUUACUCUCUGGCCUGGGCACAUCUUGUGUGGCAGCUGGUCGAAGCCAUGGAGAGGUCCCCGAAGUCAGUAUCUACUCCGUCAUCUUCAAGUGUCUGGAGCCCGACGGUCUCUACAAAUUCACUUUGUAUGCUGUGGAUACACGAGGGAGGCACUCAGAGCUCAGCACAGUGACCCUGAGAACGGCCUGUCCGCUGGUGGAUGACAACAAGGCAGAAGAGAUAGCAGACAAGAUCUACAAUCUGUACAAUGGGUACACAAGUGGCAAGGAGCAGCAGACUGCCUACAACACGCUGAUGGAGGUCUCAGCCUCAAUGCUGUUCCGAGUCCAGCAUCACUACAACUCUCACUACGAGAAGUUUGGCGACUUUGUCUGGAGAAGUGAGGAUGAGCUGGGGCCCAGGAAGGCCCACCUGAUCCUGCGGCGACUAGAGAGGGUGAGCAGCCACUGCUCCAGCCUCCUGCGGAGCGCUUACAUUCAGAGCCGCGUGGACACCGUGCCCUACCUUUUCUGCCGCAGCGAGGAAGUCCGGCCUGCGGGUAUGGUGUGGUACAGCAUCCUCAAGGACACCAAAAUCACAUGCGAGGAGAAGAUGGUGUCCAUGGCCCGAAACACGUAUGGGGAGUCCAAGGGCCGAUCUUAUUUGACUCUAUCAAAGUCUCUCCUUUUUAAACUUUUUCUUAUGGAUGGCAGUCAGUCCCGAGGCAGGAGCUUUCAGGUGGAGACCAAGCAGCCUUUGCUCUUCUUCCUUCCUCCUGCCACACUCAGCUUCCUUCCUGCAACGGACACUGGAGGAGACCUCUGGAGAGACAAUCUGACCUCUUCAGCAUCAGGAAGGAGGCCCCAAGGAUUGGUGCAGUGAGGAAGCUUGGGUCUUGAUGACUUUUUUUUUUUUUUCCAGACGUUAUUGAGUUUGCAGGACCCCUGCCUCUUCUUGCUACCUGUGGGUCUGCCCAGAGUCCCUGCAGGACUUUCCA